UAGUGAUGGUUCAGAUGUAUACCAGAGAAAAUCUAUAUCAUAGCAAGCGGGCUUACACAAGUAUAUAUUCAUUCAGUGAAAUUUAUAUUGGAAUGUCUAACGCAGUGUUUUAUUCAUCAUUUUCUUCAGUUCUGAUAUCCACAAUAAAUAAACCAACAUAGCCGAUAGCUUUGAAACAAUUAUCACAAUGGAGGAAGUCGGUUCUGCAACAACAACGACGACAGCAGGUGGUGCUGGAUUUGAGCCUUUGGAGGUGCUGGAGUUUGCUGUGAACACCAAGCAGGCAGCGAUUGAAUGGAUGAUUGCCAAGUUGCAAGCCCCCGCAGACAAGAGUGGGGCGGACCUUUGUGUUUCGGCUAUGGUCAUGCAACAUAACCAGGAAACAGUUCUGUUUAUCGGUGGUUCAACAAGUCGCUUGUUGCUGGGAGCCGAGAUGAUGGACAUGAUGAAGGAAUAUAAGGAUGGGAACCAGCGAGAGUUCACUGUGGAAGAUAUUAGUAACUUCCGUGGUGGAGAGAAUCCAGACAUGUUCUUGACAAUGGCCGAGAAACAAAAGAUCAUAUUCCGGGAAUUGGAGAACAUUCGGGCCACGGAUUCAGAUGAAUAUGUUCCUGGAUAUGAGUUCAUCAAGCUAUACCAAGGCAGGACCAUAGUGAAGAAACUGCUGAGUGCUGAUCUGAUCAAGAAUCUUUUCCCAAUCCACGACCAGGAGUUCCUGAAGAAAAUGGGAGCCGACUGGUAUAAGAAGCCAGUUGCCAGUCAACCUAUAGAGAAGAUUCAGCACUAUUUUGGUGAGAAGAUCGCCCUGUAUUUUGCCUUUCUGGGUUUCUACACAGUGGCCCUUAUCCCUCCAGCUAUAUUGGGCGUGCUAUACUGGAUUACCUCAUGGCAAAACCUCUACAGGGAGGCGCUGUUUGCAGUGUUCAACUUAGUCUGGGCGACAAUAUUCCUGGAAGCAUGGAAGCGUUACUGUGCCGAGCUUGCCUUUAAAUGGGGCUGUAUGGACUUUGUCUCCACCAACUCUGAAGAGCCCAGGGCAAACUACCACGGGCGAAUGGGUAAAAACCCUGUGACAGGAAAACCUGAACCUGUUUUCCCGAAAUCUCAACAGUAUAUGAGAUUUUACGGCGUAACUGUGCCUGUCUUGUGCUUGUGUCUUACUGUAGCGUUCUAUGCUAUGCUGGGCUACUUCUGGCUUCAGGCAAAGGUUGACAAGUGGUACCUGGAGGAUAAGAGCUGGCUGAACCUGUUUGACACUUUCAUGCCGACCGUCGUGUACGCCAUCGUCAUCGCCAUACUCAACGCUAUCUACAGGAAAGUUGCCGUCCGCUUAAACGAGUUUGAAAAUCACCGGCUACAGACAUCUUAUGAUAACAACAUGAUAUUGAAGCUCAUUAUGUUUGAGUUCAUCAACUGCUUUAUGUCGUUGUUUUACGUGGCGUUCUACCUCCAAGACAUGAGACUGCUCAAAUCUCACUUGGCAGCUCUGCUGAUCACAACCCAACUGCUUGGGCAGAUACAGGAAUCGAUCUUGCCAUUCUUGUUUCACCGACGUCGUGCUAAUCGUCUCGAUAAGGCUAUGAGUAAAUUUGACACCUUGCAAAAGGUGGAGUUUUACAAUGGCGAGGUUUCCACCGACCUGCAGAAGCAAGUCAGCAUCGAAAGCACAAUGGAUGUGUACAAUGGUACCCUAGAUGACUACCUGGAGAUGUUUCUGCAGUUUGGUUAUGUAUUUCUCUUCUCAUCCGUGUUUCCACUGGCCGCAGUUUGGGCCCUCCUUAACAACUUUACGGAGAUACGCUCCGACGCCUUCAAGAUGUGUCGCGUCUUUCAACGGCCAUUUGCUGAAUCGGCUUCUAAUAUCGGGGCUUGGCAGAUCGCAUUUGAAGUGGUUAGUGUAAUGGCUGUAAUGACAAACUGUGCGCUGAUCGGCAUGAACCCAGAAGUACAGAAGCUUCUGCCUAGCGAUAUCACAGCCGUCAAUAUUGUGAUUGUCUUCGUUGCCAUCGAGCAUCUGCUGCUAGCUGUGAGAGUUAGUGUCGCCUACUUUAUCCCCGAUGUGCCAGGCUGGGUGGAGAUUGAGAUGGCCAAAAUAGCAUACCAGUCUAAACUUGCUCUUCAAAAGGAGCAACUUGCAAGAAAUCUGCAAAAGAAGCGCCAUGAAGUAACCAGCACCCUAUAGCAACCCUGUGACAUCUGGGAUACAGAAUUGUGUGACAUCAAUGUUUAACACUAUACCAGCAAAAAAUAACAUUUUUGAGGGCAAUUACAAAGUAUUACUCGAUAUAAAAUAGGAGACUGUUUUACCGACACUAACUAAGGAAGUUGUUACUUUAUAUUUACAGGAUGUAUUUACUUUGUUAUAGUUUUGUCAUUGCAACAAUAUAUUUCCCAGUUGUUUUACCACUGCCUUAAUUCUAAUGUUUUGUUGUUGUAAAAAGUGGUUAAAAAGAAAGAAGCAUUCAUUAGAAUCCAUUUUUUUGUGGGUUGUUACACAGUUAAUGUUAUAUAUAGAUCUGAUUUGUUACAAAAUCUAUUUGCAAUAUGUAAUUUUACACAUAGGUCUUUAAUUUACAUGACUCUUUAUAUUAGCUAUGCUAAAGGUGAUUAAGGUAUUUUGUUCGAUUAUAUGUUUAAAUGUUUUAUAGGUCAGAGAUUAUUAUAUUGGGGGGGGGGGGGGGUUAUAGUCCUUUUUGUUUUUGCAGCCUGUUGCAUUUUGAACUAAUGACCACAGUAAAGACAAAAAACAACAACUUUUUUUGCAAUAACAGCUAACAACAGUAUCUGCCAUAAGUGUCUAUUAAACCAAUCUAUUGCCUUUUUAACUGUCUUUCUACGAAGAGAAGCCCUUGUGUUGUUACUGACUCGAAUGUGUUUCUAUUUUUAUUUUUUAACAAUAUUUUACAUUUUCACUCAUCUAGAGCUGCUUUAAAACUGUAGUUGACCAGUGCAUGUCACAUUUUAAAGAUUUGUUGAUUCUUUCCUGUGAAGAUGAAUACUGUGAAAUCAUUAAUGUUCGUGGGGCAUUAAUGUUCGUGGUUUUCGUGGGUUGGGUGAUCCACGAAUUCAAGAUCCCACGAAAUAUAAACCCUUUAUUCAUUUUUUUCAAUUGCCUUGUUACGUACAUACUCUAGUAUAUUCUUUACAGAGAGCGCAGUAUACAGUGUUAAAACCUGUCUCACUAUAUAACUUACGAUCAUUAUUCUGUUAAUAUAUUAUAACUGCCUUUAACAUAUAAUCAACCAAAUCAAUUAAAUGUGUUUUAUGCAGCAAAUGACAGUUAUAAGCACGUGUUUAAACGUGUGCUGUUAAUGAAAAUCUCCAAGUUUACAAGAUGUGCGUGAUGAGUGUCCAUACUCGAUUUUUUUAUUUAAUAAAAUAAUUAAUCGAUAACUAGUAUAUUGAAGGUUACUAAGCACCGAACGUGACAAUAUACGCACCUUUUCGGUGUUUUCACAGUUUGCAAAAUUCUUAUUUGGCAUUCAAUGGCUUCCCCUAUCUGUAUUUAUGAUCAGGUACAUCUUCUUUUAUUACCUUUAUUCCCAAUUAAAUCGAUAAGUGACAUGGGUAUAUGCGCUAAUUGGCAUGUCGUACCACAUUAGUGAGUGUCAUAAACCGAGUGACGUAGAAGACGGAAAUCACGCGUGGAUAUUAUGCAGACGAUCUAGGACGAUCGCAUCUUCGAUUUUUAUUUUUUUCAAAAAUGAAAAUCCACGAAUUCAAGUACCCACGAAAUUGUUUUUUUUCGGCAAACCACGAAAUUUCAUGCCCACGAACAUUAAUGAUUUCACAGUAUUGUUUUAUAUCUUACAUGACUACACACAUAACCAGUGUUUAUCUUAUUUUAGAAGAUUCAUGCAUGUUGUAAUGUAUGUGAUGAUUUGUGAUAUCAGAAAUACGCCAAAUUUAAAGUAAUACUCAAGAGUAAGCAUACAUCAUUUUAAUUUGUAACUCAUUGCACUGUAUCAAAGCAUAUAGUUACCUCGGAAGUAUUCAUGAACAUUUUUCCAUCACUACCAUAUUUAAGCUUAAGGCCAGAAUUUUGAAAAUACAACAAUAACUUGAUCUCCUCUGUCGGAAUUUGUUAUCCUAACUAGAUUUUGUGGCACUGUUUAAACUGUUUCUACCCUUCAUAAACUUUCUUGACAUAUAGUGUAGAGUAGUGAAAAAUCUAGACAUCACUGUUAUGUUGAAUGGAAGCUUUUAAUUUCACUAUCAAAAUAAUAUUUAAGUUGUUUGUUGGUGGUUUGUAAGACGAGUUAAAAUCAACAUUGUUUUGGUGCUGUGGUCUCUUCAGUUGUAUUCAAACAAACAUAGCAUAUUCAAACCUAUGAUUCUGUUCCAAUUAUAUUACAUAUCUUGGUUGAAUUUGUUUUGAUUUUCAUUCUUUAUAUUUUUUUGGUUUGAACAAAUUUACUUAUAUAAAUAUAUCAAUUAUUUGUGCAAUAUUUACUGAAUGUAUUCAUAGUCUUGUUCUGCAUUUCUUGGUUACAUUUCUUGUCAAUGUUUUACAUUUAAUAAAGCAGUCAAAGCAUUUACGGUAAACAAGGAAACAAAUUAAUCUACGGUACAAAAUGAAAGCUUACCGUAUUUGACAAAAUAAAUUUAAAGACAAUUUAAACUACUAUUGUGUUGGUUAAGGCACAUACUGUUUAACAUUACUGAUAGAAUAGUCUUACCCAUAUAAUCCAAUAGAGUCUGUAGUGUAUUCAAACAUGAACAAAUAAUAUUUUUUUAAUGUUCAGCCAUGCUGUGUUAAUUAGUUUUAAAUAUUGUUUACAUUAAAUAUUAUAGAUUGAUAUAUUUUUAAUUAUUCUAUUAAACCAAUUUUACCAAACUGUAAUCACACUUAUGUUAUGAAAUAAAUCUUAUAAAUGU